AUGAUGCGCCCCCAGCUCCAGGCCGUCGGCCGCAUGGCCAAACCCGCGACCAGACUAGCCUCCGUCGCCAACUCCCACAUCGCCAACGCCGCCUCAAAAGCAUCGUCCUCCCGAUCCCUCGUCACCGCAACGCGAAACACCACGACGACGACCAAGACGAGAUCGAUCCCCCGCGCAUACCCCGCCCUCGCCGCCUCCCAGUACCGCUCCUUCAGCACGACGCGCAUCCAGCACGGCGAGGUCAUCAUCACCGUCCCGCAAAUGGCCGAGUCCAUCACCGAGGGCACCGUCGCCUCCAUCGGCAAGCAGGUCGGCGACCGCGUCGAGGCCGACGAGGAGGUCGCCAGCAUCGAGACGGACAAGAUCGACGUCGCCGUCAACGCCCCGGAAGAGGGCACCAUCGUCGAGCUCUUCGUCGCCGAGGGCGACACCGUCGAGGUCGGCCAGAAGCUCGCCCGCAUGGAGACUGGCGCCGCCCCGGCCGACGCCAAGAAGGACGACGCGAAGCCCGAGAAGACCCAAGAGAAGAAGCCCGAGCCCGAGAGCAAGCCCGAGAGCAAACCCGAGCCCGCCGCCCCGGCGGCCCAGGAGCAGAAGAAGGAACCCGAGGCCCCCAAGCAGCAGGAGGCCAAGAAGGACACCACCGCCAAGCCCGCGCCCGCUCCCCAAAAGCCCGCCGACCAGCCCGCCGUCCCCUUCGGCUCGACCGGCGCCUUCUCCCGCGGCGAGCGCACCGAGAAGCUCUCGCGCAUGCGCAAGACCAUCGCCUCCAAGCUCAAGCAGUCCCAGAACAUGACGGCCUCGCUGACCACCAUCAACGAGGUCGACAUGUCGGCCCUCAUGGCCUGGCGCGCCAAGAACAAGGAGGACGUCAUGAAGCGCCACGGCGUGCGCCUGGGAUACAUGGGCGCCUUCACCAAGGCCACCUGCCUCGCCGCCCAGCAGGUGCCCCAGCUCAACGCCUCCAUCGACACGGAGAAGGAGAUCAUCACCUACCGCGACUACGUCGACAUCAGCAUCGCCGUGUCGGCGCCCAAGGGCCUCAUCACCCCCGUCCUGCGCAACGUCGACUCCCUCGACAUCAUCGGCAUCGAGCGCGGCGUCGCCGAGCUGGCCGCCAAGGCUCGCGACAGCAAGCUCGCCAUGGCCGAUCUCGAGGGCGGCAACUUCUCCAUCAGCAACCCCGGCAUCUUCGGCUCGCUCUUCGGCACCCCCGUCAUCAACUACCCCCAGGCCGCCGUUUUCAACAUGAACGGCAUCAAGGACCGCCCCGUCGUCGUCGACGGCAAGCUCGAGAUCAGGCCCAUGAUGUACAUCACCGUCACCUACGACCACCGCCUCAUCGACGGCCGCGAAGCUGUCACCUUCCUCAACAUCGUCAAGAGCUACAUCGAGGACCCCGCCCGCCUUCUCCUUGCAUAA